AAGUGGGGCCUCAGCAACCACAAACUCAACGUGCACAUCACCAAAAGCAACGACCAAUGAGAAUUAAAAAUAUUAAACUAUUCAUCAACUUGCCAUUACCGGAGAGAUCUGCGACUGAAGUUAAUUUAUGAAGUCUCGGAGGUAUCACCACGGACAGCCCCCUUACUUGUGUCACGAGUGUGGUAGGACGUACAUGCUGGCCCGCUCUUAUAACGACCACCUCCAGAGGCACAAACCUCCCACGUUUGAAUGUGCGUUUUGCGGAAGAAAAUUCAGUCUGAAGAUGUUUCUGACCAGUCACAUAAGGCACUCUCACCUGGAAAUCCGGUUCCAAUGUCACCUGUGCGGCAAGCAACUGAGCACCCACGGCAACCUGUCGCGGCACCGCGCCCAAGUGCACAUGGUCCACGUUCGUCCGUACGGCUGCGUAAUGUGCCACAAACGUUUCGACACGCCCGACUGUCUGGCCAGACACACCCGGACACACACCGGCGAAAAACCGCACGCGUGUGACAUGUGUGACUGGAAGUUCGUGCAGGCCAGUCAGUUGCGGACGCACAAAAUGGGCAAACACGGCGUCAUGCCCUACCCCUGCGAGUUCUGCACCUCCGGUUUCAGGACGAAGCGCCAACUCAAGCAGCACUGCAUCGACCGGCACGACACCCACCCGCGCUACAAAGAACCUACUACUGAUUAAUUUAUUUAUAGAGACGCAGAGACUUCACCGGCAUUAAAAUUGAAAAUGUUGAAAAGACAAAUUUGCUUAUUGAAAUCCACCGUUAUUGUGUGAAUUCCACUGUAAUGAAAAUACAUGAGGUAUUUAAGAGUGGUUUGUAAUUGCCAUAAUAAAAAAUUACUGCUGAAA